AUGAAAAGUGAUGAAAUUAUUGAUAAAAUGCGUAAUAAACUACAAGAAUCGGAUCCUUCUAAUCGCAGUGUAACAAAUGUCUUUCAAUUUCAUUUCACCGAUUCGGAUGGCAAUCUAAUCAAAAGUAUGGUUUUUGAUUUUAAAGAAUUAAACAUCUAUGAGGGUACAUGCUCUGAUGCCGAUACAGAGAUAACAGUUAGUGAUGAGAAUUUUUAUUUAGUUGGUUCGAAAGAAACCACAUUUGAUGAAUUGCUUGCUAAUAACAAUGUCAAAAUAGAUGGAGAUGCCGAAGCUUUUAACAAACUGAAAGAAAAAUUUCGUCUUAAUUCGAAAAAGGAAUAA